CGUCGAUGGGUUGAAUUGGGAAAUUCUUCCCUUUUGAGAUUGUGGAUGUCGAUAUUCUGGUUCACAACAUGACCAACCGCAACAUUGAUGUUUCCCAGGUAGAAGGGCCUAAUAAUCCACAGCCUGUUGCCUCCGGGGAUCCGGAUCAGUCUCGCGGGGGCAAUAAGGUUUACAAAAGCGGUCCCCUGUAUAUAUCAUCCAAAGGUAUUGGAUGGACUUCUUGGAAGAAAAGGUGGUUCAUUUUAACACGCACCUCAUUAGUCUUCUUUAGAAGUGAUCCUAAUGCGGUCCCAUUGAAAGUAGGUGAAGCGAAUUUAACACUUGGGGGUAUCGAUCUCAACAGUUCAGGCAGUGUGCUUGUCAAAGAAGAUAAGAAGCUACUGACUGUACUCUUUCCUGAUGGUCGUGACGGGCGAACUUUCACUCUUAAGGCUGAAACAUCAGAAGACUUGCUUGAGUGGAAGGCUGCACUCGAAGAAGCUUUGGUAAAUUCCCCAAGUGCUACUCUCAUUGUGGGACAAAAUGGAAUAAUCAGGAAUGAUCAAACAAAUGCGGUUGAUGUUUCCUCAGAACAAUCCAAGGACAAAUCACCCGUGAAAUCUUUGGUCAUUGGUCAGCCAGUUUUACUUGCUUUGGAAGGUAUAGAUGGGACUCCGUCAUUUUUGGAGAAAGCUCUUAGGUUUGUAGAAGAACAUGGAGUUAAAGUUGAAGGUAUCUUGCGGCAAGCCGCAUAUGUGGAUGAUGUUGAGCGUCGGAUCCGAGAGUAUGAAAAAGGGAAAAUUGAGUUUUCUGCCGAAGAGGAUGCACAUGUCAUAGCUGACUGUGUCAAGUAUAUACUCCGGGAGUUACCAUCAUCUCCAGUUCCUGCAUCGUGUUGCAAUGCUCUGUUAGAAUCUUGCCGAGUUGAGCGAGGUAUGAGAGUAAGUGCUAUUCACUCAGCUAUACUGGAGACGUUUCCUGAGCCAAAUCGACGUUUAUUACAAAGAAUUCUUGUAAUGAUGAGAAAUGUAGUUUCUCACAAGAACGAGAACCGGAUGAGCACUUCAGCUGUUGCUGCUUGCAUGGCGCCUUUGCUACUGCGUCCUCUAUUAUCUGGAGAGUGCGAACUUGAACAUAACUUUGAUAUGGGUGGCGAUGGCUCUAUUCAACUUUUGCAAGCAGCUGCCGCAGCAAACCAUGCUCAAGCUAUUGUCAUCACUUUGCUAGAAGAGUAUGAUAAGAUUUUUGGGGAAGGCUCUGUGCAAACUGAACUCUACUCUGACUCAGAUGGUAGUGAAAGCGGUAGUGAAGAAAUUACUGAUGAUGAUGGAAAUUAUGAAGGUAGUGAUUAUGAUGAUGACAACAACGAGGAAGAAGAUGAAGAAGGGGAUAGUUCCGAAGAGGGGUCUGAUGCAGAAAUAACAAAUAAUUCUAAGCACGCAUCUAGAGCUACUAGUCAGACUGGUGAAAAUGAAGGUGCUAGUAAGGUCUCUAGUCCCAAGUCACCUGAAGCAUGCAAUGCUCUUGAAGUUAAUAACAAAUCUCAACAAGUAGCCAUUCAAACAUCUGGUAAGCAAGAAACACCUACGAAGCCAGAAACUGAACCCAAGGCAGAAAAUGCAGAUUCAUCCCCUGCUAAAAAAUCUACGGGUGCAUCUUAUGCCAAGAAGAACCAUUCCGCGGAAUCUAUUAAUACCCCCCUUGAUGAUGAUGCUGAAAUCCAGAAGCUUGAGGCCAUGAAUACUGACUUACGAAACAGAAUCGCCGAAGAGGCUAAGGUGAAUGCAGAUCUACAAGAAAGUAUGGAGAAACAGAAGAAUACCUUGCAUGAGCGCCGUCUAACUCUAGAGAAAGAAGUUGCAAGGCUUCAGGAUCUAUUGGAGAAGGAACAGGAGUUGAGGGUGAUACUGGAAGCCAGACUUAUCAAUCCUCAAGGAUCAUUGUCCAUACCUUCCAGUAUCAGCAAAGCUGUGAAAGCAAAGCUGGAAGAGAUUGCUCUAGCCGAGGCGGAUGUUAUGAAUUUGAAACAGAAGGCCGCUGAUAUUGAAGCAGAACUCAAUGAGCAGAGAGAACACAACUCCAGGUUUCAUAUUGAUUCGGGCAAUCAAGCACGCCAAAAAACAACUCAUCAAGGAAAAAUCUUCAUUUGCUGCCUCUGUCGAAUCUUUGCUGGCUGUGAAGGGGCCUUCCUCGUCUUCUUCUUCAUCAACCAAUUCUAAGAAAUCUGGCUCGAAAAAUGAGGGGGCGACAGCGACUUCAGCACUGUCAAAGCUAACAAACCGGCUCAACUUCUUGAAAGAACGCAACACUCAAGUUGGAAAUCAGGCCCAACCAAUUGACAAGGAGAGGAAUUCUGGGCAGCCUGCCCGGUCGAUUGAGAGAAAAGGGUCAGACCCUCCCCCAUCCUUGCAAAACAUAUUCGAAAGCAGCCCUUCAUCAGAACAUAGAGACCCAAACAGCAACCAAGCUGCCGUACAGAAUGUGGAUGGUCAACAAUCACUUCAAACUCCUCAAGAUACAUCAAGGAGCUCAGAUGGGCUUAAUACUAAUAACAACAACAACAACAAUAGUAGUAAUAACAACAACAAUUAUAAUAGCAACAACAACAACAAUAAUAAUAUGGACCGAGAUAAAACAGAAUGUUUUUCCGAGAAAAGCCGAAAUAAGGUGCCCCCUAGGACAGCUUCCAGAUGAUACACCUUGGUCAUGCUGAAGCUAUUCCUUUCGGUUUUUGGUUUUCUUUUCUUCUUGCAUUAACCACAUUAUAGCAUCUGAUGUAUUUGUUCGGGGACAACAACACUGGAAGAUGAUUAGCAAGCUUUCCAAAUUUGUCGUCCUUGAACCACUGCACUAGCUUCCAUUCCCUGCUGGUGCUGAAUGAGUAUAUAUGUCUGGAGCAAAGCUUGGUGCCCUUUUUUUGGGUGUAGCAAAAUUCCUAUUGGAUCAAUAGAGAUUCCAAUUUUUGUUGGUUUUUGUUUUCAAGUACAGUUAGAUAUAGUGGCUCUCACUCAUUAUCAAAUCUUUGUUUCAAGUGUUCCUAGAAUCUUGAAAUGCUGACAUGAAGAGCCUUUGUAAAGAAAGACAUGUUCUCAUU